GUUGGCUUGAAAACUCUGCUUCUCUGUUUCCUCUCUUUUGUUGCAACCCUUGGAUUUGUAUGCGUCGCACAAACCGUCGCUUUUUUUCCAAAAAAGGUUUAUAUUUUGCUGCUAUGUUUCGGUGAAUCUGGUAUGUUUCCAGACGAUUUUCGAACCACAGAAGUCGAAUGAAAGUAAUGUGAAUCCUGAAAUGCACGUCUUUUUUUCAGGGUUCGGAAUGCACGUCUAGGUCGUAAAUCGGAGUGGGUCAUCGAGGCUCUGACCGGCUGCCGUGGCGCGUUGACCGCCGCCACGUCGGAUGAGAGUCACACGUAGGCGAACAUUUUAUUUUUAGUUUUCCACGUAGGAUAUAGCUGGCUGAAGCGACUACUAGACGCAACCGCAUCGAUCGUCACUGUCAUCCCACCACCUACCUACCUGCUGCUCCCACCGUCCUCCGCUCCGAUCCCCAUGGAAGCCACCGCCGCCGCCUCCCUCGCGCGGUCCCUCGCCUCCUCGCCGCUCCCCCGCGGCUCCCGCCGUAGCCGCGUGCGCGUGGUCGUCGCGGCGGCCCGACGGAGGGGGCCGUCGGGCGCGGUGGCCGCGGCGGCGGCCUCCACGGGCAACUACGUGGUGCCGCUGGACGCCGCGCCGUCGGGGAUCACGCGCCCGCUCGUCGAGAUCCUGCGCGACCUCAACAAGCGCGUCCCGGAGACCAUCGUGCUCCCCGCCUCCCGCCGCGCCUCCGCCUCCGACCCCGUCAUCCCAUGGUACCAUGCCAACCGGAUGCUCAGCUUCUACGCCCCCGGCUGGUGCGGAGAGGUCCGUGAUGUUAUUUACAACGACAAUGGGAAGGUGACCGUGGUGUAUCGCGUCACAAUUCGAGGGAUAGAUGGGGAGGUUCAUCGGGAGGCCGCUGGAACAGCAUCACUGAGCGACGCACGGCUCGACGACCCCGUGGCGGCUGCAGAAGAGGCCGCGUUCUGCAAGGCCUGCGCAAGGUUCGGUUUUGGGCUGUACCUGUACCAUGAAGAUGAGGCGCUGUGAGAGACGUCAUCUCUUCUCUCACCCUAUCCAUUUUCAGAAGGUCAGACGCCAAGCUUGCCAGAGCUUGUCUGUACUGCUGCAAGAUAUCAUCCCGCAUGCACCAUUCACGAUGAACUGUAAAUACGAGGCUUAUCUUGUUACCUUGUGUUUGUUGGCACAUCAGCUGUUGUAAUCUCUGUGCGAUAAGAGUGUCACUCGUUGCCUAUCUGUCUUUGCCCAUCCAAGGGGUAAAUCAAUUAUAUUCUGUUUGUUCUAGGCAUUAGUUAUAACUUGGCACCGACUACAUCUGUCAUUUCCGAGCUGUGUCUGUAUUCAAAGUACAGAGUAUAUGCUCCCCUGGUUCAUCAAACGGAUAUUAUUUGAGUUUA